AUGUUUUUGCAUACUUUAGGACUUAAAACAGAUGGUAUGAUAACUUGCCAUAUACAUUCCAAAAAGCGAAGUGUAGAAGGAAUUGCACAAACAGUGGAUGAAAGGGGGUUAGUUAUUAGAGGCAUGCUAGAAGAACAAAAAAUGAGAACAGAGGAAAUUGUCAUAAAGCAUAUAAACUCAUUCAAUCCGGUAGUAUCUCACUACAAUUUAAAGCACACCCCGAAUAGACGAUUCUUGCCACCUGACUUGACCAUUAAAUACAUGUGGCAAGACUUCUGUAAUCUACAGAAAAUUUCAUAUGAUCUAUACAGAAGAAUUUUUGAAAAACAAAAUAUUGGGUUUAAAAAGCCAUCCCAAGACGAAUGCGCUCAGUGUCUAAAACAUAAAGUUCACAUUAUUCGCCAAUGCGACGCAAGUAGUUGCAAGAUUUGUUGUCAAUUCGAAAACCACAAAAAAAGUUAUACGGAAGCAAGACAGCACUAUGAAAAUGACUCCAAUCAAGAGGUAAUGCAAGAUGAGAAGGUCUAUGCUGUAGAUAUGCAGAAAGUCUUACUCUUGCCCAAAAUGUCAACCAAGGAAUCUUUUUUUGUUUCAAGGUUGGUCGUAUUCAAUGAGACGUUUGCGUCACUUCAUAAGGACGGAAAUAUUUGCGUGAUGUGGCAUGAGGCUAUAAGAGGCAGGUCCGCGACGGAUGUUGCAUCGGCAUACUACAACGUAAUAAAAAAUUCAGACAAUGUUACCAAAAAAUUUACAUUCUGGGUAGACAACUGUUCUGCUCAGAACAAGAAUUGGACACUAUAUUCUGCUUUUGCGACUUUUGUAAAUUGUGAAUGGGGUCCAGAAGAGAUCACCCUAAAAUAUUUUGAACCAGGCCAUUCAUUUAUGGCUGCGGAUUCGGUUCAUGGCCGAAUCAGCACAGAAAUGAAAAAACACCCAAACAUUUAUGAUUUUGAACAGCUUCUGAAAAUAAUUGAGCAGUCCUCAAAAAAACUAAAUGUUUGCCUAUAA